CGGCUCGGCCACGUCGCUGCACUCGGAAGAAGAGCACGAGAUGGUGCAGACGUACGGUGUAGCGCCCGCAGAGGCUGAGCACGAGGACGUGCAGGCGAGAAUAGAGAAUUUGGGGGAGGGCGAUGCUUUGCUGGGGGCGGAGGCGAGUGCUAGACGGUUGAAGAGAGAUGGACAUGCUACGCUGUCAAGUUCCGUGGGGAACCUAGCGAACACGAUCAUUGGGAGUGGAAUGCUUACGUUCCCUCUGGCCAUGGCCUCCGCGGGAAUUAUUCCUGGCAUCAUAACUUGUCUCUUCUCGGGGGGCGUUGCAGCCUUCGGACUAUACCUGUUAUCUCUAUGUGCGACCAAGGUGCCUCACCGCAGGGCUUCGUUCUUUGCUGUUGCUGAGUUGACGUUCCCACGAGCCGCUGUGUUCUUCGACGCCGCCAUUGCGAUCAAGUGCUUCGGUGUGUCAAUCAGCUACCUGAUUAUUGUCAAGUCGCUCAUGCCAAAGGUCGUCGCUGCUCUAUACCAUGAUCUGGCAUCGACUUCUCCGCCUGUAUGGGCACAAUCCGGCCGAGUAUGGAUUAGCAUUAUGAUGUCGAUACUUUUCCCACUGUCGUUUAUGCGCAAGAUAGACAGCCUUAGACAUACAAGUUAUAUCGCUCUCUUCUCCGUCGCGUAUCUGGUUGUUGUGGUCGUGGUGUGCUACUUCUUCCCUCUCGAAGGUACACCAGCUGCCGGCGAUAUACACCUGGUACAUUUCAGCCCGAGCUUUGUCUCUACAUUCCCUGUUCAAGUCUUCGCGUACACAUGCGCUCAGAACAUAUUUCCAAUAUUCAAUGAGAUUAGAUCCAACACGCAGACGCGAAUGAACAUCGUGAUCGGGACUUCCAUUGGAUCGGCGGCGAUUAUCUAUGAGGUCAUCGCCAUCUUCGGAUAUCUCACAUUCGGCUCGAAGGUCGGCGCGAACAUCAUCGCAAUGUAUCCGUCCACUUCGCUGUUCAUUGCAGUUGGACAACUUUCCGUCGCAAUACUUGUGAUGUUCUCGUAUCCUCUGCAGGUGCAUCCAUGCCGAAACUGCCUGGACAAGGUCUUCCAUAUGGGGCAUGUGUCGAAGCAGGUGACGGACGUCGAGGACGACGAAAUUGAGGAUGAGCAUAGUGAUAACACGGACAUGAGUCCUCUCAAGCAUGUGUUGCUCACCGUCGGCAUUGUCGUGAGCGGAUUUAUGAUAGCAUACUUCGUUGACGACUUGCAAAUGGUGCUGUCAUUUGUCGGGUCCACCGGGUCGACCACGAUAUCCUUCAUCCUACCCGGGCUGUUCUACUGGCAGCUAUCGCAAUCUGACCCGAGUGCGAGCAAGACGCUGUCGAGAGCGGCGCUCGCACUAGCGGUGUAUGGCGUCUGUAUAUUUAUUUUCUGUUUGAGCUUUAACAUCUACCAGGUCGUGCGACCGACCAUUUCUGUGCACUGAAGUAGAGUGUUGUAUUUACGUAGAUGAUUGGUUACAUGCUAUGCAAACCCGGACUUAAGUAUGAGCGC